ACCGAAUUCUAAAGCGGCGAAGUUGAAAGCAAAAGUUGAUCAAAAGAACAAGUUACAGUUGAAAAUCUCAAAAUUGAUUAUAUGCCAUGUCAGAGGCUCGUCCUUUUAAGGUUUGGAAUUGUGAGCGAACUGUAAAAAAGGGAACGGUAGCGGCAUCAUUAGAGGAUUUACUUAGAAAAGGGAAGUUGUUACUAGGAAUCCCCGAGCCUGAGCGAGUUACAGCAGUGUUAGAGGAGGAUGGUACAGAGAUUUCAGAUGAAGAUUACUUUGCCUUCAUCAGACAUAACACCACCAUUAUGUUACUGAGAAAUAGUCAAAAGUGGCAGCCAGUUGGAGCAGAUAAUAAGUUUGGAGAAGAUGAGGUUGACAAUCUAGAUGGAAGUACUGAGUUAUCAGAGAGAAUGAAGCAGUUAAUAGCAGGACUUCAUAAAAACAUCACAAGAAUCAUUACACUAUCAAAUGAUGAUCUACAGGUCAUUGUGGAUAUGGACAUUUCAGUAUUGGCUCACCUCCUACAGGAUACAGAAAAUUUUGCCAAAUCCAUCCAGGAAGCCUGCCAGCGCCAUCUAGAUGAACGUAGCCAAACAUCAGAGGCUAUGGAUCUAUUAAGACUUUAUCACACAGCCCGACAGUCCAGUCCAUAUGUAGAGGAUACAGGUCCAAAACGAAAAAAACAUGCUCAUACUUAAUUCCGUAAUUCACACUCAUUUUUUAUGGUGUAGAAUUUAGACUCUUCUAUAUACAUUUGUCCAUCCAUUAGAAUGUUUUGUAUAUUUUUUUAAUAGAAUUUUUUAAUGUAGAAUCUUGUUCUUUUUAAUUUACACAUGAAAAUGAAAUUUAUGCAUUCAUAUUAUACAUUAUGGAAGAUGUCUGUUUUUAACUGUUUAUGAAUUUUUUCCAAUUUUAUUUCAAUACCAUUCUUGAUGAAAUAGAAUAAAUCACUGUGCCAUAUUAAGAGCAACUGUGAGGUGGUCAUCAGAAGACGAUCCUCAAGGGGCUGUCCUGUUUUAUGAAAUGAAAGUUAAAGGACUGUGUUUAUGAGGAGCUGUAUUGUUUUACAGAUGAAUAGACCAUGGCUCUUUUAACAACUUGCAUAUAGCAUUAAAAGAACAUAUAUAUUCAUAUGCAUUCAUAUUAUACAUUAUAGAAGAUAUCUGUUUUUAACUGAAUAAUAAGAAUAUUAGAAUGGAUUUUCGCCUUUGGAAACACAAACCAGGACCAUUCAGAAUAUGAGAUAUGUAGUCCAAAUAUUGAAAUGAAAAUUGCAUGCCUGUCAAACGAUGUGAUCUGCUAAAGUCAUUUGUAUGGGAAAUGACAAAAGAUUGUGAGAAAAUGUGAUAAAUCUACUUCAUAUUUAUUAUUUUUUUAACAAACAUUCCUAAUAAGGUUCAUCAUCUCUUAUUUCACUCCUAUUUAAAUUUCCUUGAUCACUACUUAUGAUUUUCCAACAGAAAUCUUAUUUAGAAUUAAAAUGCACAAAAUUUCAGAUUACAAAAUUUGACAAAUAUCUUUUCAACUUGACAAUUUUAUAAAGGAAUAAUGGUCGUUUUUCCCAGUGAGAAUUAUCUUUCAUAUCAGAGGGUUGAUGAACCUUAAGCUUGUGUGAUUUGAUGUUUGAUUUACAUUUUUUUUCAAGACACAGAGUUAUCUGCCUUGCAGCACAUUUUGAAAAAUGCUGUUCUCUGCAUAAAAUUCAUUGAUUCAUGUUUUUUUUUAAGAAUAAAUUUCUCUGCACGUAA